GGGGGGGGCGCUGGCUGGAGAAAAAGCGGCCACUGGAGCCCUGAAGGCAGCCAGCCUGCCUCCCAGCAAAGCUUUUAGGCUUCAGUAGGGAAUGCAAGUAGCCCAAAAUGGGGAAGAACUGGGAACAGAAGAGGAAGAGUUGGAGGAACUGGGAGGCAUCAAUGAACAACUAAUAAGGAAACACCAGCUGCCACUCUCAGCACAGUCAGCCUUCAGCUAUGUUCCCCCCCGACGCAAAGAUCCCCCUGAACUCAGCUAUUUUCACCAAGAGAGCAAGCCAGGAAUUGUUUCCCUGUACGACUGCAUCUUUAAAAGACCCAUGGGCUAUGACGAAAAACUCCACCGCUGUGACAGAGAACACGCCAAAAGCAGAGGACUUCAUAUUAAUGAUGAGGAAAAAGCAAGGCCUAUGGCAGUCUUGUCCUCCUCUGAAUAUGGGCGACGCAUAGACAAGCCCGUGGAGCAGUUGGUCCGAGACCAUGUGCGCAUUAAACACGUUCAGGCGGAAUUCUACAGGAAAAACGGAAUAGCUUGCUUGAUAGAAAAAUCAUCCAGAAACAUUGAAGCAACCUAAGGCUACUUGUUGUGAUUGAUAGCAGGGAAGAAUUAAUGUGCCUGGGUUUUGUUUCUGUAUUAUUUCCUGUACUGUGCUACUGGGAUUUUGGGGAAAUUCCAAUAUUGCAUCAUAUCAUCUGAUGAAUUCUUUGCAGGGUUGCUAAAUUAAGUGAGACAUGUUUUACUUGAAUGUGCCUGUAACAUGGCAACAUUUAUGCAACGAGCAGCUCACAACAGCAUUCUACAAGGAGCAUUAGCUCAUAAUACAAUAUUCGGGGAAGAGGGCGCAGUUGCUCCCAUGACAAGGGGGUUUUCACUUUUUUCAGUGCAUCCUGCUUGCUAAAGCAGCCAUGUGCUUGUCUGUGAGUACUAGACUCAACCAUUUCUUAUGACAUGCUAAUAAUAUGCAGGUUAGAGCUUUGAUUCACAAAUCAAUGGAUGUUAGAUCACAAAUGAAGGCGCUGACAACA